AACCCCAAGGAGAUAUAUCGAUGCGACGUGGGCGAUUGCGACCAGAAGUUUGUGCGCCUCGACCUGCUGUCGCGCCACAAGAAGCGGCACACGGCCUCGUACACGCCUAGGAACCGGAUUCCGAGCUUCGACACUGGCGACGCCAUCAAGACCUCGGACCGCCAUAACAUCGGCUUCCAGCAUCAGUCGUCGUACGGCCAGCCGCCCGGCGCCGGGCCUCACGAUGCCGCCAUCCUGCUGACGCCCGAGUCCAACACGGCCCCGACUCCCGCGCCGCUGAACCAGGGGAUGGCGAACCGGGCGGGCCAUCAGGCGGCGACGUGGCCGCCCUCGCUCGACGACCGCUCCAACAACAUGAUGCGACAUAGGAACAGCUUCUACACGACCGACCCGUCGACGCUGCCAGAUCCCUCGGGCAUGGUGGGCUUUGGCGCGGUCGGGUAUCCCUCCGACGACUCCCUGACGCAGGGCAACUUUGCCGCAUGGCUCUUCGACCCCCAGACCACGUAUAAUGACUUUAGCAUGGCCAGUCUUCCCUUCCUCGAGGGUGGCCUGGAAUCGACGUUCAACAACAACAUCCACUAUGACUAUGAAUCGCUCAACAGCCUGUCGCCCAUGGAUCAGCCGCACCGGCUGUCUGAGACAUCGUCCGACGACUGGAUCUCCGAAUCACGGCGCCAAGAGCUGCUCCACUGGUUCCAGACCUUCCGGAAGAAGCAGCCGAGAUAUGAGCCACUGAUGCCGAACCUGGUCCAUGAGAGCGGCGGGGACAUGCCGGCGCUGAAUCUCGACAUGAUGCGGGACUGUCUCAAGGAGUUCUGGGACACUGUCUCGCCUCGGCUGCCCAUCAUCCACCAACACACCUUUUCUCCGAACCGAUGCCCCGCGCUGCUCCUCCUCGUCAUGCUGUCUCUCGGCGCCGCGUCGUUGCGCAGCCGUGACAUGUCGGGGCAGCUCUCCGAGUAUGGCGCAUUUGCCGACGUCAUCAUCUCCUGCGUGAGGUGGGAGAUUUUGACCUCUGACGACUCGGCACCGCCCGCCAGCCUCUGGGUCCUGCAGGCCCUCCUGCUCCUGGAGUUCUACGAGAAGCUGUACUCUUCUCGCAAGUUUCACGAGAGGGCGCACAUCUACCAUCCUGCGUUCCUGACGCUGCUCAGACGCGGCAGUCCGCUGAUUGGCAGAACCGGCAGCGAGUCACCCCCUGAGCCGGAGAGCCUGGGCCCCGAUCGACAGACGCCCAACAUGGCGCUGGACUCGCGGACGUGGUGGGCGCGAUGGGCGGAGACGGAGUCGAUGCACCGCGUGGUCUUCGCGGCCUUUAUGCUGGACGUGAUCCACGCGGCCAUGUUCGGGCACGCGGCGGACAUGGCGCCCCACGAGAUCCGGCUGCCGCUGCCGUGCGACGACAACCUGUGGGCGGCCAGCAGCCCCGACGUGGUACGGCAGCUGGACGCCAACUUCCGGAUGUACGGGGUGAAGCAGGUGUCGUUCCUGGACGGACUCAAGAGCGCGCUGCACGGCAAGGAGGUCAAGACGCACUCGUUUGGGCGCAUGAUUAUCAUCUCGGGCCUGCUGAGCGUGGGCUGGCACCUGAA